AUACAGUCAGUUGGCCGCGAGCUUUCGCGCGGAAGGACGUGCGCAGUGGUAGUUUUUGUCCCUUUUCGGAAAACGCGGAAAACUUUACGUCGAUCGUGUGAAUAUUAUAUAGUGUGUGGUAAUUUUUUCUUUUUAUUUUUCUUCUUGUGUAAUUGUUUUGUUCGUGAGUGGUGGAGGUUUUAUAUUGGAGAAGUAGUAUCAGCCAGAUGAGCGGUCCAUUGUGACCCGACGCAUCAACACGAUGCACCAAUGUUCGCUCUUCAUACUCGUCCUCCUAUGCGUCUCCGUCAAAGAUAUAUCCGGUAGCUGGGAAGAAUGGUGGACGUAUGACGGUAUAUCUGGUCCAGGAUUCUGGGGUCUGAUAAACCCACAAUGGAGUAUGUGCAACAAAGGUCGGCGACAGUCCCCAGUCAAUAUAGAACCAGACAAGUUGCUGUUCGACCCCUGGCUGAGGGACAUACAGUUUGAUAAACACAAGGUCAGCGGAGUUCUGCAAAACACAGGACAGUCUCUAGUCUUCCGAGUGGAGAAGGAUUCGAAGCACCAGGUGAACAUCAGUGGAGGACCUCUCUCCUACCGCUACCAGUUCGAGGAGAUUUACUUCCAUUAUGGAAUGGAAGACAACCGAGGAUCUGAACACCAGAUUGACCACCACACCUUUCCUGGAGAAAUUCAACUGUAUGGCUUCAAUAAAGAACUUUACCACAACAUGUCGGAAGCACAGCAUAAGUCUCAAGGAAUUGUCGGCAUUUCUCUAAUGGUACAGGUUGGCGAGCCCAUCAACACAGAUUUUAGAUUGAUUACCAGUGCUUUCAACAAAGUCACUUAUCGAGGUGCCUCAUUCCCUAUAAAACAUCUUCCGCUAAGUUCCCUGCUGCCCAACACACAGCAGUACCUGACGUACGAAGGCUCUACGACACACCCCGGCUGCUGGGAGACAGCUGUCUGGAUAAUCUUCAAUAAACCUAUUUAUAUUUCUAAACAAGAGAUGUAUGCCCUCCGUCAGCUGAUGCAAGGCUCGCAGUUGACUCCUAAAGCACCGCUGGGCAACAAUGCCCGUCCUGUGCAGCCACUACACCAUCGCACGGUCAGGACUAACAUCAACUUCAACAAACAAGGAUUGCAGGGUUCAAGCAAUUGUCCAGAUAUGUACCGAAAUAUGCACUAUACAGAAGGAUCAGAGACCCUAUUGUCCGUUCCUAGUGAAACAAUAGGAAACGGUACGACAUUGACUAGUACAAUGACAUCUGCAAGUGUAGCUAACGUUACUAGAAAGAACAACGACCUCAGCAACCCAAUGGCCGAAGGAGCACAGCUUGCGGUACCGAAGCGUUGACGACUUAUCUUUAGCACACAAUUAAAUAUUUUUCAAAAACAUAUAAUAAUAUGUAGCUACCUAGAUGAGGAAUAAAUAAAUAAUCACACUAA